AUGACCUCCAAAUCUUUAGAAGACAACUCUAUGGCUAAUGUGCUAGACUCUGAAAUCUUUGAGUCAUUAGAUGAACAAUCAAGGAAAAAGAGAAAGACUAAAUUAUCGCUUGAUAAAAACACUAAAACGAAAAAUCAUCAAGCUGAGCCAGUUACACAGAAUGACGCCAACAACAACUCUAUAUUGUUCGGAAGCACCCCAUAUUCCAAUAAAAUAUUGAACCAAAAUAAUUUUAAUAGCAGUGAUUUCAUGGUAACGCCUUUUUUCGGCAAAAUAACAUCUUCUGUCAACAGAGUUCUGCAUUUGAAUUCCCCUGCUAGAAAAAAUUAUGACUUCCUCUUUAACCUAACAUCGAGUCCCUCAGCCCCGAGAUGUGCUGCUGAAAACAAGGACAUCGAUAACAUGCCUUCGUUCAUUAAUAAAUCUGUUCAUCUAAGUGAUUUUUUGACAGUCACGCCUCAAAAGAAUCUGGGUGGUGACUUCAGUUACUUGAACCAAAAUUCAAUUUUUAAAUCCCUCAAGAAAUCAGCAUCAAAACUCAACCUCACUAAAAGCAUUAGAGAUAAACCCAAAGAUUCGGCAACCAUAGAUUCCAAUGUUGAUCUUCUUAAUGAUCUUAAUAAUGGUGAUGAUUUUGAUCUUUAUAAACACCAGGGGUUUUCUCCAUUUUUGAGAUUGGGUACAACCAGCUCAAAGAAAAGAAAUUUCUCACAAAUAGAUUCGCCAGUACAAACACCUAUGAGGAAUGCAAAAUCUAGAUUAGGGGAUGAUUAUAUUACCAGAGUCUUGAUGGACUUCAAAACUCCAAAAAGUCUAAAAAAGAAAAUUGAAAAUUAUAAUCUUCAAGAUCUCGAUGAAAAUAUCGAGGAAGAAUUGAGACUUCUUGGAAAUUCUACGGCUUCGAGAUCAACUUUAUCCACCAGCGUAUCACGAAGAGAGAUCGAAAACAACACCAAAGAUAAGGAAAAUAAGUCUUUAAACAAUAACAAACCUGACAGCGAUAAAGCACCAAAGGAGGCCAAAUCCAUUGAUCCCUCAAUGGCUAAUUUUCAGUUCCAAAAUAGUCAUAUGUUCGUGCAACCCCCAAUGGGUCAAUACACAAUCCAGCAACCAAUUAUAGAAUUCGCAAAUGGACUACCACCAGGACCACCUGCACUGGUUCCCCCAGGACCACCUGCACUGGUUCCCCCAGGUUUCCAAGGUUUGCCAUAUCCUAUACCGAUGGGAGGCCCAGUACCACCAGGUUUUCCUUUGCACGUUUUUCCUCCAGUGUCAAUACAGGGACCCUACAUGGCGGGUGCUGUGCCAUUGCAUCCAAAUAUGGGUUAUCCUUAUAUGGGGCAAAUGAUUCCUCACAAUAUUCCUACUCUCAGUUCCUCUGUUGAUAGUUCAGCUAAUUCAUCCCGAACACCAUUGAAACAGCAAGGGAGUGUGACUGACUCUCCGUCGACGAUCUUAGCAACUAGUACAAAGAAAAAUCUAACUGAUAGUGUUUUACAGAAGGAUUAUCUAGCCAGUCCUACUCCAGAUGCCGCUAAGCAUGAAAAGAAAAAUAGAUUGGCUAAUACCUAUAUUCCUUCUUCUGCUGAGUCCGUUCCAAUGAUGGGGACCUUUGGCAAAUCAAACUCUACUUCAAAACCUUUGGCACCAGCGAAGAAGCAAAACAAGGGCACAAACUUUCAGUUUGUAUUUACUGAUGUCAAGUCUCUAUCAUCCUAUAACCAAAGAAAGAGUAUGACAAAGAAGAAAAGUAAUAUAUUUAAGAGAUCUGCAUCGGUCAGUACAUUUAGUUCAAACAAAGAAAACCUAGAUCCUUCAAAUUUUCAAUCAGAUCACUCAUUAUCUGGUAGAAUUCAACGUGAAAAAGGUUCAACUAAUGCACUUACUGAAGUGAAAUCAGCUAAUGUUGUUGCUAAUAAUGAUCCACAAGCCAUGUCAAAAGGAAUUCAUCCUCAGAAAGCCCAAUUUCAUAACAAGACAAUUAUUAGAACAACCUCUGUUCCAGACUAUUAUAGAGACAUAUCUAAUUAG